GUAUAUUAUCAUGGCAGUAUAAUACUAUUAUACUUGUUAUUUAUCGUUUCUUCUUCUUUUUUUUAUCUACCUUUCGCUGUUUUUCUUUUCCUGAUCUUAUUUCUAACAAUCCACCCGCGAUCUUAGUUGAUUUUCCCUCUACAGAAUCUAACUAAAUUGGAUUCAAAAAUUAGAUUUUUAAUCAGAAUCCGACGUCAAGAUCGGUUCUUUUUUUGGCAAACCGUAGCCAAGUCGUCAUUCUUAUAAACACCCUCUAGGGAAAUUCUCAUCUCUUUCGUCCCAAAACAUGAUACUUGGUGCGGGAUCGCUACGGCGUGAUUUUAACAGUAUUUUGAGUUUAAGUUUGAGCAAAUCCAAGCUCUAGAUAAACUGGUUGAUGUGCUCAUUGACGGCAAACAAGACGUAAUGAUGAUUAAACACAUUAUUGGAACUAGGAAGUUGAGAAAUGGAAUCAUAAACGGGCUUAAUGAGAUAUCACUUGCUUGUCCUCCGAGAGUAAAAGAUGGAAUCUUUCAAAAUUGGCUGGCCUGGUCUUCACAAAAGCGGUGGAUGACCAAGAGUAAACGAGUGCAAGACAGAAGCCAGAAUAAGAGAGUGCACGACCUUGAAAUUGCUACAGAACGAUGGAAAGUGAUAUCGAAGGUGUUAGUUAUAAUGGAAGUUCUUAGGAAAGAACCGGAACAAAUCAUACCCUUGAGACGGUUGGAACAAUACAAGCAACAGAUUAAUCUUAGCAAGCCUCACAAGGUUUCUGACUUCAUUAAGAAAUCUCCAAAGCUUUUCGAGCUCUACAGAGACAAGAAAGGAGUUAUAUGGUGUGGGCUGACAGAGAAGGCUGAAGAGCUCGUCAAAGAAGAGAAUAGGCUCCUUGAAGCUCAUACAAACAAAGCAGUUGAAUAUGUCACAAGGUUAUUGAUGAUGUCAGUGGAUAAGAGGCUUCCAAUGGACAAAGUUGCCCAUUUUAGAAGAGACAUCGGCUUUCCAUUUGAUUUCAGAACUAGAUGGGUUCAUAUGUUCCCCGAAUAUUUUAGGGUUGUUAAAAGGGAUGAUGUUGAGUUCUUGGAGCUUACUUCUUGGAAUUCUUCUUGGGCUGUGACUGAAAUAGAGAAGAGAGCUAUGAUGGGGAUUAAUUAUGUGUCUGAGUCUCAUUCACCGGGAAUUCUUUCCCUUCCUUUUCCGAUGAAAUUUCCUCCUAAUUUCAAGAAAAUAUUCAGAAUUGGUGGAAAAAUCGAACAUUUUCAGAAGAGAUCAUAUCUGUCUCCAUAUGCUGAUUCUAGAGAGCUCGCUCCUGGUUCGCAAGAAUUUGAUAAGCGGGCAGUUGCAGUUAUGCAUGAGAUAUUGAGCUUUACCAUUGAAAAGAGGCUUGUUACAGAUCAUCUCACACAUUUUCGUCGGGAGUUUGUUAUGCCUCAGAAGCUGAUGAGAAUACUGCUAAAGCACUAUGGCAUUUUCUACGUUUCUGAAAGGGGAAAGAGGUUCAGUGCAUUUUUGACGGAAGCAUAUGAAGGUUCGGAGUUGAUUGAUAAGUCUCCUUUAUAUCUUUGGAAGGAAAAGAUCUUGCGUCUCACUGGUUAUAGAGGAAGGAGGAAAAGAAUUGAGAGUUACAAUGGUAGUUCUGAUGAUGAGGAAGAUAAACUUUUCGACAAUAAUCAUGAUACUAAACCAUCUUUCUUAAAAGUCAAGGAUGAAGAAGAUGUUGAUACACUUGAGGAUGCUUCCCUUGCAGAGGAUUCUGAGAUGGAUAUUGGAGAUGUGUUUGAGGAAUACAAGGAUACUUGAUGCCAUUUAAGGUUGCUGAAGCUGAGCAGAAAACCGCUGGAGGUUUGCUUUUAACCGAAGCUGCCAAGGAAAAACCCUCCAUUGGAACGGUUGUUGCGGUUGGACCUGGAACAUUGG